UGUUUGUCUUAGAUUCACUCCCAGAUUUGAUUUAUGAGCUCACUGAGCUCAUGGGCCAGGUGCUGGUGUAAGUGGGGGCUCAUCCGGGAUCCACAUACAGGAAGACCCAGGUCUGCAUCAGGUACAGUGUGUUCAUGUGUGUGUUCACGUGUGUGUGUUCAGGGUAACUCUGGUCUGGGCUUCAGCAUCGCGGGAGGAACCGACAAUCCUCACAUCGGAGACGACCCCUCCAUCUUCAUCACCAAGAUCAUCCCCGGAGGAGCCGCUGCCCAGGACGGACGCCUCAGGGUGAACGACAGCAUCGUAUUCGUUAACGAUGUGGACGUCCGGGAGGUCACUCACUCCAUCGCUGUGGAGGCGCUGAAGGAGGCGGGGCCUGUUGUCAGGCUGUACGUGCUGCGGAGACGCCCACCGAGCGAACGCAUCACACAGAUCAAACUGAUGAAAGGACCCAAAGCCUACAUGGAGCCGGACUAUAUGUGCGAUUACCCACAAGCCCUCCCUCCUCCGUCACCGCGGCGAUACUCCCCGAUCCCCCGCGGCAUGAUGGGAGAGGACGAGUACUCGAGGGAGCCUCGCAGGGUUUGCGUGCAGCGCGGCUCCACCGGCCUGGGCUUCAACAUCGUGGGCGGAGAGGACGGAGAGGGCAUCUUCAUCUCCUUCAUCCUCGCAGGAGGCCCAGCAGACCUGAGCGGGGAGCUCCGCAAGGGAGACCAGAUCCUCAGUGU